CAAGCCUUAUAAAGAAUCUUUAGAAAAUGCCUCUUGGUGAGGUUAUCGUAGGGGCUGCUCUUGGACUUGUUAUCCAAAUCCUUCACCAGGCCAUUCAAAGAGCAAAAGAUAGAUCCACAACCACAAGAUUCAUCUUGGGCCGUCUUGAUGAUACAGUAUAUAGGAUCACUCCAUUGAUCGUUAAGGUCGAGAAGCUCAGCGAAGAAGCCGAUGAAUCUCUGAGGAGAGUAACCGAAGAUCUCAAACGUCUUCUUCAGCAAGCCGUAGUUCUUGUCGAAGCUUAUGCGGAGCUCAAACGUAGAAACUUACUUAAGAAAUUUAGCUACAACAGAAGAAUCAAAGAGUUAGAAGCUUCGUUGAGAUGGAUGGUGGAUGUGGAUGUUCAAGUCAAUCAAUGGCUAGAUAUUCAAGAACUCAUGGCCAAAAUGUCCGUUAUGAACACCAAGCUUGACGAAAUCACGUUUCAACAAACAGAUCAUGUUACAUCUGUUAAAAACGAUAACAAGCAGAACAUAGUCGUCGAAGCAGAAGAUCAAUAUUCGGAGACUAAAGAUGAUGGAUGCUCAAAUGAAGUUUCGAAACCGAAAAUAGAUAUUCACCUUCAAUGGAAGAGAAAAAAACAUGACAAAAAUCGUGAAUUCCGAUUUGUUUUGAAUUAGUUUCAUGAAAUUAGUAUCUUCAUUUCUAAUGCUACUAUUACGUUGAAUCGCACUUUUUUUUUUAAUUCAACCUUUAUUCAUUUUUCUUUCCGUUGAUCGUAUUUGUGAUAAAGCCAGAAUUACAUAUGUAUUAAAUUUGUUUUAUAUACAUGCUGUGGUUUCGGGUCUCAAGUGAUUACGGG